AUGAAGGCGGGCGUGGCAGCAGCCACGUUGCUGUUCAUCCAGGGGGUGGCAGGGCAGGCGUGUGGACUCACAGGGUCGACGCUGUCAACGAGCUGUGACGACGCAUGCUCGCAGUACGAACCGUGUGUGGCAUACAGCGCAUCGUCCUGUCCGUCGGGAGCCUCGUGCAUCACAGCGAAACAGUGCGCGGUUCAAUGCUUUGCUAAGUCAUUGGACGAUCCGGAUACCUUUACGUUUCUAAUCGAGUUUGGAGCGUACGAGAGCGGCUACGAGAAGGAGAGAACAGACAGCAGCGGGUCUGCGUUCCUGCGACAGAUUAAAGCAGUACCCGAUGAGACUGACGCGUUCGCUGUGGCGAGCAACGACGUAGUCUCCAACGUCAGCAGCAUUGAACUCCAGCCGACCGUGACGUCAUUUAAAUUGCUGGGAGGCAGCAGUGUAAAUGCGUCGGUUAAGAGCAAAGUGGCCAAGGUGACGUUCGGCCCCGACGUCAUCUCCACCCAAUCCAGGGUCACGAAUGUGGCGCUGAACAACGUGGAUCUCUCCACUCCCGCUACACUUCAGCAGCUGCCAGCUGUAUUGCCAACGUCGCUGCAGAAAUUAAGUCUUGCCAACACGCUGCUGUCUGCGUUCCCGACUCUGGUAGCAAAUUUUACCAGUCUUCAAAAUCUUGAUCUGGAUAAAAACUACAUCACCGAAAUCGCUGCAACUGCAGCACUCAACUCCAUCGUCCACUUGAGUUUUCAAGACAAUAACCUCCACUCGUUCCGCGCUGUUUUCCCCAACCUCGUGACGUUGGACUUGACCGACAACAACUUCAGUGACAUCCCAGCCAGCCUCUUCAUCCAUGACAGGCUGAAAGAGUUAAAGAUCAAAGGGAAUCCUCUCGCUUCUCCCUGGUUUACUCAAGACCAAGCCUCGUUCCUGAGCGAACUGAUCAUGCUAGAGCUCGAGAACUCCGAUUUCUUAAAGCCCAUCGACAGCUGCAGCAGCGCCAACCAACUCAAAGUGCACUCGCUGACUGUCUGCAUCUCCGACAGCUCGAACGACGACAACGACAGCAACAACCAAGCCUCCAGCUCGUCGUCGGACGUGUUGGUUCUUGUGGGCUCCAUCGUCGGAGGCCUGUUAGUGCUCGUUGCUGUGGUGCUAGCUGGCAUUUGGCUGUACAGGAUGCGCGUACGAAGACACGACAAUCGCUCCCGAGUAGUUCGUGAGUCGUACUUUGGUGGGCUAUCGCCGCCUCUCGCGCGAUCUCCAGUUGAUAAAGGCUACCGUGGUGGUCGACGCACACCUGUGAGUGGAGGCCCACGCUUCUGUAGCGACUAUGAGUACGAGGAGAGUAAUUACUCGCCUCGUAUCUCGACUCGUAGUACACAGAGUAACCAAAGCUCAACGGCGUAUUCACUCUGGAACGACGAGGAGUUAUUGUCGCUGCAGGUGAAGUAUGACGAGAUUGAGGACAUUGGGACGAUCGGCAGUGGAGCGUUCGGGAUCGUGUGGUUAGUGAAGUACCGUGGCUCUCAAUUGCUGGCGUCCAAGCGACUGCGUUCCGACCUGGUGACGAAGCAGAGAACGCAAGCUUUUAUUGAGGAGAUCAAGAUGGUGGCGCCUUUGGAUCACCCGAACGUCGUGCGUCUUCUUGGAUGCGCUUGGACGAUCGAGAGCGACUUGCAGGCGCUGUUCGAGUACAUGGAGGGCGGUGACUUACGUGACUACCUCGUGGAUCCGACGUCUCCUCGCCAUUGGAGUCAGGAGUUGCUGCAACUAGCUGCCGAUAUCAUCGAGGCGUUGGUGUACGUGCACUCGUUCACACCGCCACUAGUGCAUCGGGAUCUCAAGUCACGGAACGUGUUGCUAACGGGCGAGCUGAAGGCAAAAGUGACCGAUUUCGGGGCCUCGAGAUACAAAUCCGUGGACGAGACGAUGACUGCUGCGGUCGGCACAGGUCGCUGGCUAGCGCCCGAGGUCAUUGCCGGUAGUGGCAAGUACGAUCAGUCCGUGGAUGUCUUUUCGUUCGGCGUGGUCUUGUCUGAGAUGGAUACACACGCGAUCCCGUACGAAGAUGUGCGAGGAGCCAAUGGCAAUCGCCUGAACGACAUUGCCAUCUUGCAGCUCGUCGCUACUGGCCAACUGCGCCCCAGGUUUGGCGCCAGUUGUCCACCGGAACUUCGAAUGCUGGCGGAGCGCUGUCUCGACCAAGACCCGGAGAAGCGACCGCCAGCUCAUGUGGUCGCCUACGAGCUUCGCGUCAUCCAACGCUCACACUACACACUGCUCUAA